UGAGCUAUGGAUUUGUGAGUUAUUUUAGCCCAAAGUUCAUUUUAAGUAACGAUUUACAAAAAUAAAGAAUUGUUUUCUCUCUUCUAUCAUAUCUCCGAUGUCUGCUUCAUCUCCUUCGCCUCGUCACUGGAGAUUCGACGUCUUCCCAAGCUUCAGAGGGGAAGAUGUUCGCCAAAAUUUUCUCAGCCACUUGCUCAAGGAGUUCAAAAGCAAGGGCAUCGUCUCUUACAUAGACGAAAACAUUGAGAGAAGCCACACGAUCGGCCCCGACCUCACAAGGGCCAUAAGAGAAUCAAGGAUUUCUGUCGUUAUUCUCUCACCGAACUAUGCUUCUUCGAGGUGGUGCUUGGACGAACUUUUGGAGAUUAUGAAGUGCCGUCGAGAAACAGGGUUGAUCGUGAUGCCUGUCUUCUACAACUUGGAUCCAUCCCAUGUCAAAAACCAAAUCGAAGCAUUCGGUGAUGGUUUCAAUAGGGCUUGCGGUCGGGAAACGGAGGAGGAGAAACAGAUAUGGAUCGAAGCGCUGAAGCAAGUAGGCGAAAUCGUCGGCACACAUUCCGCGAACUGGGAGAGUGAAGCGGAUAUGGUCGAACAAAUCGCCAGAGAUGUCUCCAAAGAACUCAAUGCUACUCCAUCCAGGGAUUUUGAUGGCUUGAUCGGAAUUGAUGUUCAUAUGGAGAGAUUGAUCUCUCUGCUACGCCUUGAGAAAAACGAUGUGAAGAUGGUAGGGAUUUGGGGUCCUCCUGGUAUCGGUAAGACUACCAUUGCUAGAGCUUUACACGCUCGGCUCUCCAAGUACUUCCCACUUAGCGUUUUCAUGGAGAAUGUUAGGGGAAACUAUAGAACAUCUUGUCGGGACGAGUAUACCUCAAAGUUGGAUUUGCAGAAACAGUUUCUGUCUCAAAUUUUCAACCAAAAGGAUAUGGUAAUAAGCCAUUCAGGUGUCAUAAAAGAUAGACUGCAAAGUCGAAAAGUGCUUAUCAUUCUUGAUGAUGUGAACAAGCUAGAGCAGUUAGAAGCUUUAACGAAUGGGCCUCAAUGGUUUGGUCUCGGAAGUAGGAUUAUCUUGACAACACAAGAUAAAAAUCUUCUGAAUGCACAUGAUAUCGACCACAUAUACAAGGUGAAUUUUCCAUCUAGAGAAGAGGCGCUUCAAAUCUUUUAUAGCAAAGCUUUCAAAAACGAUUCCACAACACAAGGUUUUAUGGAGCUAUCAAUCGAAGUAGUGGAGCAUGUUGGCCGCCUUCCAUUGGGACUCCGUGUUAUGGGUUCGUAUAUGCGUGGGAAGAGCAAGGAUAGGUGGAUAAGCGAAUUGGCUAGACUCAAAACAAGACUCAAAGGAGAAAUUCACGAAGUACUGAGAGUGAGCUAUGACGACUUGGAACCAAAUGAGCAAGUCGUAUUUCUUCACAUCGCAUGUAUGUUCAACCGUAAGGGUAUUGAUUACGUGACGCAGAUGAUUGGCAAUGAUGAAUUAGAUGUCGGCCUUAGCCUCGACAUCAUGGCAGAUAAGUCUCUCAUAGAUGUAUCCACCCGUAGACAAGUAACAAUGCAUUGUUUGUUGGAGCAAAUGGGUAGAGAGAUCGUUCAAAAACAGUCCGAGUAUGAACCUGGAAAACGACAAUUCUUAUUAAACGUUGAGGAGAUUUGCGAUGUGCUUGCCAAUGAAACAGGCACAAGGGUUGUGUUAGGCAUGUCUUUAGAUCUAUCUGCAAUCACAUAUGAUGUGUUUCUCAGCGAAACAGUCUUCCAAAAGAUGAUGAAUCUCAGAUUCCUAAGGUUCUACAAGAAGGGACUUGAAAACAGAUUGCAUUUUCCUCAAGGGCUGGAGUAUCUUCCUCGCCUUUGGUCAUUACAUUGGGAGGGAUACCCGUUAAAAUAUAUUCCUCGUAAGUUUCGUUCUGAGUGUCUCGUCGAACUCAACAUGACAGAUGGCCGGCUUGAGAAGCUAUGGGAAGGAGUUCAGCAAUUAGGAAGUCUCAAAAUCAUGAAUUUGGGAUGGUCCAGAGAAUUGAAAGAGAUUCCAGAUCUUUCAAAUGCCACAAAUCUCGAGAGAUUGAUACUUAAUGGUUGCACAAGUCUGGUCACAGUGCCUUCCUCUAUUGGUAAGCUUCGGAAGCUGAACUACUUGAACAUGUCUCACUGUUGGAGCCUAGAGUCUCUUCCUUCCUUAAUCAACUUGGAAUCUCUCACUCGCAUUGUUCUGGACGGUUGCCGACGAUUGAAAACAUUUCCAGAAAUAUCUAACAAGGUAGAAGAUCUCCGGCUGAGCAACACCAGAAUAGAAGAAGUAGCAUCGUCGGUUAAGCUUGAUAACUUGAGAGAUCUAUAUAUGGAAAAAGCCGACAUCAGGGGUUUUCCGGAUUUAUCCCAGUGCUUUCCUAAUUUGGAGGAUCUUAUUCUUGAUGGUUGCGUGAACCUCGAAAUGCUGCCAGAGUUCCCUCGUUCACUUGGAUACCUCGAUGCCCGUGGUUGUCAUUCACUUAAGAAGUUAUCAGCAAGAGGCUUUUUCAAUCCAAAAUCCGUUGCCAAGUUGGCGAACUGCGUGAAUUUGGAUGAAAAAUCUGUGCAAAAUGUCAUCCAACAAUGGAGAUGUUACUACAUAAUCUUGUCAGGUGAAAAAGUGCCACCAUACUUUGAUCACCGGAGUCGUGGAGGUUCCCUAACCGUCGACUUGGGCAAGAUGUCACCUUCUCCUCUCUUGGUAUUUAAGGCAUGCUUUGUGCUUGAUGACCUUGAAGAUUGGGGUUAUGGUGACGUGCGGCUAGCCUGUUACCUCAAAGGAAGUGACGGAGUUAUCAUUGAAAAGAGCUAUGAAUGGUUCUUUGGGGACUGUAUUCAAUUUCGUCAGAACCAUCUGUGUAUACUUGGCUAUGCAUUGCUACACAAAGACGACAAUCCUGCAGCCGAACUGCCCUUCAACCAUGUCGUUCUCAAAUUCAAUGUACGAUUUGACGGAUCCGAGGUCGAGAUAAAGGGAUGUGGUGUACGACUCUUUGACCACAACACAAUCCCUCCGGAUGAGUGGUUGUUCCAACCAUAUUCUUGCAAAGGGAUUCAUGUACCGGCAAGCAUAAGCAGCGGCGAAUAUCGUAGGGAGAACGCGUUUUGCCCUAACGUGCAAACAAAACAUCAACCCCAAUUUGCAUAUUUUAAAAAUAAAGAAAAAGCUCUCUUCUAUCAUACCUCUCCAAUGGCGGCUUCAUCUUCGUCUUCCUCGCCUUGUAAUCGGAGAUACGACGUCUUCCCAAGCUUCAGAGGGGAAGACGUUCGCAAAAACUUCCUCAGCCACUUGCUCAAGGAGUUGAGAAGCAAGGGCAUCGUAUGUUACAUAGACGAAGACACUGAGAGAAGCCACACGAUCGCCCCCGAACUCAUGCGAGCCAUAAGGGAAUCGAUGAUUUCUGUCGUUGUUCUCUCCCCCAACUAUGCUUCUUCGAGCUGGUGCUUGGACGAACUUGUGGAGAUUAUGAAGUGCCACCGAGUAGCAGGGUUGAUCGUGAUGCCUGUCUUCUACGACUUGGAUCCAUCCAACGUCAGACACCAAACCGGACUAUUCGGUGAUGGUUUCAAGAGAUCUUGCGGUCGGAAAAACGAGGAGGAGAAACAGAUAUGGAUCCAAGCCUUGAAGGAAGUAGCGGAUAUCGUCGGCAUGCAUUCCACAGACUGCAAGAGUGAAGCGGCUAUGGUCGAACAAAUUGCCAAAGAUAUCUCCAAAAAGCUCAAUGCUACGCCAUCCCGGGACUUUGAUGGCUUGAUCGGAAUCGAUGUUCAUGUGGAGAGAUUGAUCUCGCUGCUACGCCCUGAGGAAAACGAUGUGAAGAUGGUUGGGAUUUGGGGUCCUCCUGGUAUCGGUAAGACUACCAUUGCUAGAGCUUUACACGCUCGACUCUCUGAGGCAUUCCCACUUAGCGUUUUCGUGGAGAACGUUAGGGAAAACUACAGAAGGUGUUGUCGGGAUGAGUGUGCCUCAAAGCGGGAUUUACAGAAACAAUUUCUGUCUCAAAUUUUCAACCAAAAGGAUAUUGUAAUACGUCAUUCUUCAAGCGUCAUAAAAGAUUGGCUGCAAAGUCGAAAGGUGCUCAUCAUUCUUGAUGAUGUGAACAAGCUCGCUCAGUUACAAGCUUUAGUUGAUGAACCCCAAUGGUUUGGUCCCGGUAGUAGGAUUAUCGUGACAACUCAAGAUAAAAGUCUUCUGAGUGCGCAUGAUAUCGACCACAUAUACAAGGUAAAUCUUCCAUCCAGAGAAGAGGCGCUUCAAAUCUUUUCUUUCUAUGCUUUCAAAAGCAAGUCCACGCGACAAGAUUUUUUGGAGCUAUCAGUUGAAGUAGUGGAGCUUGCCGGUCAGCUUCCAUUGGGACUCCGUGUUCUGGGUUCAUAUAUGCGUGGGAAGAGCUAUGAUAGGUGGAUAAGAGAAAUAGCAAGACUCAGAACAAGACUCAACGGAGAAAUUCAACAAGUACUGAGAGUGAGCUAUGACGAUUUGGUACCAAACGAGCAAGCCGUAUUUCUUCACAUCGCAUGUAUGUUCAACGGUGAGGGCAUUGAUUACGUGACGCAGAUGAUUGGCAACGGCGAAUUAGACGUCGGCCUUAGCCUCGACAUCAUGUUAGAAAAGUCUCUCGUAGAUAUAUCCAUCUAUGGACAAGUAACAAUGCAUUAUUUGUUGGAGCAAAUGGGUAGAGAGAUUGUUCGUCAACAAUCCGAGAACGAACCUGGAAAGCGACAAUUUUUGUUAAAAGCUGAGGAGAUUUGCCAUGUACUUGCCGAUGAAACAGGCACAUGGGCUGUGUUAGGCCUGUCUUUAGAUCAAUCUGCAAUCAAAUAUGAUUUGUUUCUAAGCGAAACAGCCUUCCAAAGGAUGAAGAAUCUCAGAUUCCUAAGGUUAUACGUGAAUGGAGUUAAGAAUAGAAUGCAUUUUCAUCGAGGAAUGGAGUAUCUACCUCCACUUAGGUUAUUGCAUUGGGAGGGAUACCCGUUGAAAUAUAUUCCUCGAAGGUUUCGGUCUGAGUGUCUCGUCGAACUCAGGAUGGAAGGUAGCCGGCUCGAGAAGCUAUGGGAAGGAGUUCAGCAAUUAGGAAAUCUCAAAUUCAUGGAUUUGAGAGGCUCCGGAGAUUUGAAAGAGGUUCCAGAUCUUUCAAAUGCCACAAAUCUCGAGAGAUUGUUACUUGCUUUCUGUAAAAGUCUGGUGACACUUCCUCCCUCUACCGGUAAGCUUCAGAAGCUGAAGGAAUUGGACCUGUGUUGGUGUUGGAGCCUAGAGACUCUUCCUACCGGAAUCAACUUGGAGUCUCUCACUGAGAUUUUUCUGUCUAAUUGUCCCCGAUUGAAAAAAUUUCCAGAAAUAUCUAAUAAGGUAAGAAUUCUCACUGUAGACGAAACCGGGAUAGAAGAAGUACCAGCCUCAGUUAGGCUUCCUAACUUAACAUCUCUAAGUAUGAGAAAUACCGACAUCAAGGGUUUUCCGGAUUUAAUCCAAUGCUUUCCUAAUUUGGAGAAUCUUUAUCUUGGUGGUUGCAAGAAACUUGAAAUGCUACCAGAGAUCCCACGUUCACUUGGAUACCUCCAUGCCGAUGAUUGUCAUUCACUUAAGAAGUUAUCAUCAGGAAGCUUUUUCAAUCCAAAAUCCCGAAUCAGGUUUACGGGGUGCGUGAAUUUGGACGAAACAUCUGUGAAAGAUGUCAUCCAAGGAUGGAGUUGUGGAUCGGUAGUGUUGCCAGGUGAAGAAGUGCCGCCAUACUUCGGUCACCGGAGUAGUGGAAGUUCCCUAACCGUUAGCUUGGGCGAGAUGUCACGUUCUCCUCUCUUGGUAUUUCAGCCAUGCCUUCUGCUUGCUGAUGAAGAUAAUGGUGAAGAUUGGUAUGCUGAUGAACUGGGGGUAGAGUGUCGCUUCACAGGCAGUGACGGAGUUAUAAUUCAAAAGAACUAUCAUUGGAGUGUAGGGAUGGUUUCAUUUUCUUCGCGUCGACAUCUGUGUAUACUUACACCUUUCUUGCUACACAAAGACAGCAAUCCUGCAGACGAACUGCCCUACGGCGAUGUUGUGUUCAAAUUCAGCUGUCACAGAUGCUUGUAUAAAGUAUUUGACGCCAAGAUAAAGGGAUGUGGUGUACGACUCUUUGACCACAACACAAUCCCUCCGGAUGAGUCGCUGUUGCAACCAUAUUCUUGCAACAGGCUUCAUGUACCGGUAAGCAUAAGCAGCGGCGAGGAAACGAGCAAUGAAGCUGGACAUAGCGAAGCUUCAAAAGACUCUGAAAGUGAAGACGUACGAUGGCAGUGAUGGCUUUCAAACUGAUGAUGAUGGCGAGUCAAUGCCGAGGAAGCGAACGAGAAUCGGUCCAUGAAUAUGAAUACAACGAAGAGGGAUAGUGAUGAAUGCCACCAAAGACGAUGGUAGUGAUUAAAAUUCAUUUUUUCUAAUUUUUUAUUUAUUUAACUCACAUUGAAAUUCAUUUUCAAAAAAAAAAAAAAAAGUGCCUUGUGUUAGUUAAAUGUGAAUCUUUGUAGUCUUGCAAGUACAUUGCAAAUUUUGGGUUGGUUUCGGUGUUUA